UCAGUGUUUAUAGGCUCUACACUCUCGGUCGGUGUUUAUUAUGUUCGCAGGUAAAUAACAAUUAUAAACGGCGCUACGCACAUAUACACUGACACUCAGGCGAUCUCGUUCGUAUUGGAGCUAUGAAGCUGUCAAAAGCGCCUAUUUACUUGUAUCAAAGAGCGAGAUAUUUUUAAUGACAGCUCGAGCUCGUAGCAGUUUACGCGAUAUUUUGUCAAAACUUUUAUACUCACCCUCAAGGCUUACGUACGUUAAAUUUCGGUAUAUCGUAUUGUUUUACCGAAUCUCUAUCUCUGCUUAUAAAAACCAUCAUUUCGUGGUUGACAUUGCCGCGAGGGAAGUUAAAGAAAAAGGAAAAGAAAAAGAGCUGCUACUUGUUCUAUCUUGAUCAAUACAAGCAAAGUCAAAAUAUGAGGCUAUCCAAAGACGAUGCUGACUUAACCAAAGUUUUAAAGUUUUCCAGUUUUUCGGAUUUGAGCAAAAUUGGUUCAGGAUCAUAUGGGGUUGUUUUCAAAGCUAAAUACAAAGGUGUUCAUGAUGUGGCUCUGAAAAAAGUCCUUUACCAUAAUGAAAGCGAAGGGUUUCCACUUUCGUCCAUUAGGGAAAUUAGACUGUUGACUACUUUGGAUCAUCCAAAUAUUGUGAAAAUGUUUGGUGUAAUUAAUGAUCCUGCUCGACAGCAUAAUAAUUGGACUUUAACAUUCUACAUAGUUUUUGAAUACUGCAAUUGGGAUCUAGCAAACUUACUAAUGAACAAGUCCAUAACCAUUUUAGACUCCGAAAUUAAACACAUGUUACAACAGGUGCUCACAGGUCUCAGUUAUUUGCACUCUAAAAAUGUAUUACAUAGAGAUUUGAAAAGUUCAAAUAUAUUAGUUAACAAAAAUGGUGCUCUAAAAAUAUGCGACUUUGGUUUGUCGAAAAGAGUUGCUUAUGACAAAAAUGGUAACCUCAAGAAGAGUCUUACGAACCGCGUGGUCACCGUAUGGUACAGAGCCCCCGAGCUCCUGUUGGGCGAAAAAUACUACGAUUCAGGUAUUGAUAUGUGGAGUGUAGCUUGUAUUAUGGCUGAGAUGUGGAAAAGAUGUCCCGCUUUGCCAGGAAAAAGUGAGCAAAACCAGUUAAAUCUCAUUAUGGAACUUUGUGGCUCGAUUACCCCUAUAAAUUGGCCUCAAGUAGAAAAAUUUCCAUUGUACAAGGCAUUGGUGUUGGACCAAAAUUUACCGAGAAGCGUUUCUCAAAAGUAUCAAGAAAUAAUCGAAUGUCCUAACGCACUAGAUCUUUUGGAAAGAUUAUUUACUUUAGAUCCUAAGAGGAGAAUUGACGCAAAUACAGCUUUGUCACAUCCGUAUUUUUUUGUUAAUCCUGAGCCUGAGCCAUUUUUUAUGGAAUCCCCAUUUUAAUACAGAAUGAGAAAUUUCUACUGAUGCUUCGACUUCUUCAGUCGAUGUAAAACUAUGAAACCAAGUUUUGGUUUUUCGAAGAUAAUAAUUCAGUUGAUAAUCGUUGGUAUAACGAUUAAAAAAUUCAACUGUUAAAAAGCAUCAUUGUUAAUGUCUAAUGGGGCUAUCGAUUGUUUAUUUAUAAGAAAUUUAUCUUAGUUGUAAUAAGUUGACGCUACUGAACUUCAAGCGAAAGAAAAACAGAGCACGUCUCACGAAUAAAUGUAAAUUGUUCAAUGUUUAUUUUAAAGUAAAUAUAAUGUAAACUCAA